ACUUUAUGAGAAGGAAAAAAAAAAUCUGCAAAAAUGGCAGCUACUUCACUCUCAGUGAGUCUUCCCUCGGCAGCGAUAACUAAUAGGGCCAGUGCUGAAGCGAACACUCUGAAUAGGCAUGCGAACAUUAUCGCAUGCUCAGCAUCAGAAAACACAUUUUCUCAUCAAGAGAGAAGUGGGAUGAGGAGGGCAUUUUUAUUGGGAGUAGGAGCUCUUUUAUUACCCACGAGUCCCCUUCUGGCUCAAGGAAAACCAGAAAACUAUGAAAUCUUUGUUGACAAACAAGAUGGAUAUUCAUAUUACUAUCCAUCAGAUUGGAGGGAAUUUGAUUUCAGAGGUCACGAUUCUGCAUUUAAGGACAGAUAUCUACAACUGCAAAAUGUCCGACUAAGUUUUAUACCAUCUGAUAAAUCAGAUAUCCAUGAUUUAGGGCCAAUAGAAGAGGUUGUGGCCAACCUGGUAAAACAUGUUUACUCUGCACCAAAUCAGGUGGCAAACAUAAUGGAAAUGAGGGAGAGAAGUACGGAUGGUAAAAAUUAUUGCACCUUUGAAUAUGUAUUGACAUCUCCAAAUUUUUCUCGGGCAGCAUUCGCUACCAUAGCAAUUGGAAAUGGGAGAUACUACACACUAAUCGUGGGAGCAAAUGAAAGGCGAUGGAGAAAAUUCCGUAACAAACUUAAAGUGGUGGCUGACUCUUUUCAGGUGCUGGACAUGAUCUAGAAUUGCUCUCAACCUGUAUCUGAGGCAGGCAAUCAUAUAGUGUCAUGGAUUCUAUAUAUCCUCUUGCAAUGAAUACAUCAUUCAAUGUCUGGGCAAAGGCAAUUCAAUGAAAUUACAAAAAUGUUUCCCAAACCAAGUAACCAAAUAUUACAAUGUAUGUGUUUCAAUUA